CUUCCUCUACUUCGUUCCCUGUGCCACCCGCACAAGAAGCAUGAAGCUACAAGCCGCUACUUCCGGCGCUGCUAGCCUCACUCUACAACGUUCUCUUCUCAGUAGCAGCACCGGCUCGACUCCCGACAUGCCGCCGCCUCCUUCGACGGCCUUCUUCCUGUCAUACCCUCUUUGGAUGAGCGCCACCUUCUCCUUUUUCAUCGGCUUCACCAUCGGCAUACUCCUCUUCUUCCUCUGGUGGUCCGUCGUUCGUCUCUCCCGGUUCGUCGUCCACCGACGCACCCUUAGCAGGAUCUUGGCCGAAGAGCAAGCUCCUGCGAACGCUGCCACUGUCUUCAGCCCGAUGCUCCGCCACCCGGACACCAUCCCCUUCUUCCAGCAUCUCCAGCACGAAGGCCUACCCUUCCUCGCCCAGAUCAUCGGCCGGGGCGGGUGCGGCGAGGUAUACAAAGCCGAGAUCUUCGUCGAGAAUCGGACGAUCCCCGUAGCCAUCAAGAAGAUCGACCACCUUGCCGCAACUGGCGCCGCCAGCGUGUGCCAGGAGGAGUCGGAGCUCCUCAACAUCCACACGCGGCAGGUACGGUCGGAGAUACUCACCGUGGGGCGGAUGCGCCACCCCAGUCUUCUUCCUCUGCUGGCCCACGUCCCCAAGCCCGACUGCCACUACCUCUUGUACGAGUACAUGCCGAACGGGUCUCUGCACGACGUCCUGAAGCAGAGGAGUUUGCAGUGGCCGGUUCGGUACAAGAUCGCGCUCGGCAUCGCCGCCGGCCUCGAGUACCUCCACAUGGUGCACCGGCCACAGGUCAUCCACAGGGACCUGAAGCCGGCGAACAUACUGCUGGACUGCAACCUCAACGCCCGGAUCGGCGACUUCGGGCUGGCGAAGGUGGUGCACGAGAUGAUGAGCGGGACGGUGGCCUCCAACAACGUGGCCGGCACGCUGGGCUACAUAGCGCCGGAGUACUAUCAGACGAUGACCUGCACCGCCAAGUGCGACAUCUACAGCUUCGGGGUGAUACUGGCGGUGCUCGUCACCGGCCGGUUCCCCAGCGAUCAGUUCUUCCAGGCGACGGACGAGAUGUGCAUCGUGGGGUGGUUGAGGAACGUGCUGCGGUCGGCCGACCCGGCGGCGGCGAUCGACGGGAGGUUGAUGGGGAAAGGGUUCGAGGAGCAGAUGCUGCUGGUGUUGAAGGUUGCUUACUUCUGCACAUAUGACGACCCCGCCGAGAGGCCGAACAGUAGGGACGUCAAAUUAAUGCUGUCACAGAUAAAGCCCUACUAAACUGCAACACUUGUGAGCAGCUUAAGAAGACAACGGCACACUAUGGAUUACUUCUCAUUUGCAGAGAAACACUUCUGUGAAGAGUUGAAUCUGACUUGAGUCAGCACGAAAGUCUUCUUCUU